CCUGAACCUCCACUUGCAUUCUUGAACAGGAAGAGUUGUCACUGGCUAUUUCUCAGAUGGAAUCUAACUUGACGAAGCUUCUCACGCUUAAAACAGAGGAAGAAGAGAAGCUCCAGAACUACCAGGCAGUCCUGCUGAGCUUGGAUGACCACAUCUCUGCUCAGUUUAGGCAGCUCCAUCAGUGUCUACAUGCCCAGGAGAAGGCGUGUAAAGCACGGUUGGCAGAAGAAGGGGGAGCCCUGCUCCAGGAGACAGAGGAGAGGCUGGAGAUGUUGAGGAAAGCCUGCCAGGUGGAUCACGAGUUGCUGCUGGAUGCCCAAGGUCACCUGGAAUUAGAAGACCCCGCAGGCUUCCUCAAAGAUAUAAAUUCAGUCCUGAGUAGGUGAGUGUGAUAAAAGACAUAUUUACUUUUUAAU